AUGACGACCGUCGGCGGCGCCGCGCGACGUGACGAUCGAGGCUCGGCGUUGCCUCCGCGAUGCGUCGAGAUCGCGCGCGAGUCGCCGUCGGCGUCGCCGUCUCGAAGGAAAACGCCCGCGAACGAUCGCGCCGUCAAUCGCGCCGCCGUGCGACGGUACCGCGAGCGCAAACGAAUGGACGAGAAGGAGAGAAUCGAGGAGUGCGAACGGUUGCGCGGGGAGAACGAGACGUUGAGACUGGCGUUGGAGACGUCACGAGCGGAGUUGAAACAUUCGAGGUGGUUGUUGCGCGUCGUCGCGUGGAAGUACGACUUAGACUUGGCGGAUAUUCCGACGGAGAAACCGUCGACGUCGACGAUGCCGCAAGGGAGGGUGAGAGGAAGCGAUGCAAACGCGGUGUUUCCCGCGGGUGGGGUCCCCGCGCGGAACGACAUCGCGCGACCGUUCGCCGCGCGCGGCGUCGCCGAGACGCGGCCUCGGAAAAUUCCUCGCGCAGCCGACGACGACGCGAAACCGGCGGGCGCGCCUGAUGAACUCGAGCUCAAAGAUUUCUUGGAGGAAUACUUCACGCACGGCGACGCGUGCCCGUGCUACGAGAUCACGGACGCGGACGCGCGCGCGGCGCCGACGCGCGGCGCCGACGCGCGGCACGCGUGGUUCUAG